CUCUCGAUUCCGUCCCAAGUGGCGUGGCGCGGCCAGCCGAAGGACUGCUUACGAGGACUUAUUAAAUGCAUCGCUUCCCCAUCGCCGUUGUCUUAGUACGCUUGAUUGUCUCUUCCAUUAGUGUCCUGUCAUUCACUGUAAAGCCAACGCCAACCCCUCCAUUUUUCUUCUUUUCCCUUUCCCGCCUUUUCCUGCGGGUUCUCUUGACCACUCGCUUAUCGCGCAACCUGCCGUGCCCGGUUCCACACCUACUCCCUCGCUCAGCCCGGUCGACUGGUUCUUUCCUCGCCCGCCGACCUCUGCGAUCGCUUCGUCGACAGAACAACACACGAUACCUAAGAAUACACCGCACACUCGACCCGGAAACGACGAGUGCGGACACAAUUUUCAAGAUGGGCAACUUUGGACGCUAUAUCUGCGUGGCGCUGCCAUUUCUCCUCACACUCGCCAGCUUGAUAUCACUGCUUAUUGCAGGUCUCGCUGGUGCCGUAGGCAACAAGGAUAGCGGCCUCUACAUGUUCCGCGUGAACCUGACGGAUCUUCAAGUCCAGCCAAACGUAAUAGGAGCGUUAGUGGGCCGGUCGCCGGAGCCGCUUCCGCAAGCUGCGCCGCUCAUCGACGCGGCCACCGCCCACAUUGGCGAGGCCAAGGAGGGCGCUGCUCCCUUGAUCGCGGCCGCCACCAGCCACCAGCAGAAGCAGGCCAACCAGGGUGGUAACAUUACGGCCGGCGACCUGAACCUGCACAAGAUCUACGACAUCAACCUGUGGGGCUACUGCUUCACCCCGCAGUCGGGCGACCGCUCCUGCCUUGAGCCCAAGUUCAACUGGGCCGAGACCGAGGUCAACAACACCAUCAGCACCUUCAAGAGGUUCGCCGCGGUCGGCGGCAAGAAUGUCACACUGCCCAAGACUGUUGAGGAAGCCCUGAACAGCUUCGGCAACGUCGUCCGCUGGACUGAGAUUGUCUUCAUCAUCGCCGCCCUCGGCCUCGGCCUCGCCCUUGUGCUCGGCGUCAUCUCCAACUGCAGCCGCGCCGUGUCCUGCCUGACCUGGAUCGUGUCGGGUAUUGCCUCGGCCGCCGUCUGCGGCUUUGCCUCCCUGGCCACCGCCACCGCCACCAUCGUCGUGGGCAGCGCCGAGAGCACCGCCAAGAUCUACGGCGUGCGCUCCAACUUCAACACCCAGUUCCUGGCCGUCGCCUGGAUAUCGGUCGCCUUCGCCCUGGCCGCCGGCUUCUUCUGGCUCUUGACCAUCUGCUGCUGCAAGCCCGAGUCCCGCAGCAGGCGCAGCUCCGACACGGAGAAGCGCGUGCCUGUUGGCGCCUACUCGCCCCUCAACGAGAACCAGAAUGGCUUCCAGCAGAACAACAGCGGCUACUACAACAACCAGUACGGCGCUCCCCGCCACCCACAGGGCGGCCGUGGCGACACUGCCUACGAGCCGUACUCGCACAACCGUUAAACUCGGCGGCUUAAUCGGGCGCCUGCCGUGUCGGAAUUGAGCUCCAGAUGGUCGAGCUGGACGAUCGGAAAUAUCUCCUUUUUGUUGCGUCCUUGAUUUCCUUGUUAUGAUUUUUUUUUACUGCCUGAUUAUGAGAGAGGACGAUUGCUUUGUCCCCUCUGGCCCUACUUGGUAGCAUGUUUACUGGCGUUUGGGGAGACGGAUACAUCAUGACUACAUUUCUCCUGUUCAAGAGAAUAAAUAUUGGGUGGUUUAGGGUGGCAUGAAAAUGGUUGACCCAAGUCCAGAUCGGAGAUAUCCAGAAAAUGGAACUAUACCCCCUAUGUGU